AUGUCUCCUCCACUUCCCACAGUAGGAACGGAAUAUUAUCAUCAAUCACCUGAAGAUUUAUAUAUGUUAAGUCAUCAAUUAGGAUUAAGUGGUGGUGGAUCCAUUGAUCCAAUUUUACUUAAUCAAAAUGAUCCAUUGUUUACCAGUUUUUCUUACGGAAGGGAUACAAUACCUGAAAUAAUGUGA